GUCAAAUUUAUAUGUAUACUCGUGCUGACUGAUACACAUAUUUUAUAAAAAUAUGGAAAAGCUAGCGGCUUCCAAUCGUAAAUGCCGUGGGCGUGGUCAAGCCAAUGGGCGUGGCUGGAGCAUGUUGGGCGAUGCUGGCGAAGUGGACAGCAAUGAGGGCAGUGAUUAUGGCAGUGAUAAUAGUUUCUCUAGCACGGUUGGACUUGGCAUUAAGUCGGAUAUCAGCAUUGAGCCGCAGGAGUUUUGCGGCGCCUACUUGGUACGUGGUAAGGAGGAUUUGGUUCAAUUGGUUACGCGCUGCUCUGCAUCCACAUAUGAGGACUAUGGCGAGGAGAUGUUCUUGGCGGACUACAAUGAGGAGUGCUGCAAGUUUCGAACCUGGUCGCCCUAUCAAUCCAAGCUGGCAGCCGCCUUACUGAAGGGAAUCGAAUAUAUUCAGAUAUUUGAAGGUACCAAGGUGAUGUAUUUGGGUGCUGCGUCUGGUUGCUCGGUCUCGCAUUUAGCGGACAUUGUGGGCGAGGAGGGCAUUGUGUAUGCCGUCGAAACAAGUCCCUGGGCCAACAGCGAGCUUCUGGAGCUGGCCAAGCGGCGACACAACGUGGUGGCUAUCACCGAGGACGUUACGUUGCCAUACAAAUAUCGCCGGAUCGUGGUUGACAGUGUUGACUUCCUCUUUUGCGACACGCUGCAUCAUGAGCAACUCCGCCUGCUGAUCCUGCACGCGCGACAUUACCUCCGACCCGGCGGCCAUUUUGCCAUAAUGCUACCUGGAGCGCCACAGGACUGCGUUAGCGCGGUGAAUCGCCUGCAUGCCGAGCAGCUGGAAACUCUCGACCAGAGCUCACUGCUGCCCUUUGUGCAUGGCCAGGUAAUGGCGGCGGGCAUUUAUAAUCCAACCAUACACGAGUCGUUGAUCGAAUAGGAUGAAUGCAUUUUGGCCUAGAAAUGGAAGCAUUUUAUUUUGUAUAUUCCACUGAAAAAUUUUUUAAAGAGUUUGCCUCGGGCUACAGAUACCCUUUGAGACCGAUUCGUAUAAAAUAAAAUGUGGAAACAAUGCAACGAAAUGUUGUG